AUGUGGCAGCUUUUAGCAGUAACAUGCUGGGUGUUCCUUCUUGGACCUAUACAUUGUACUCACAAGGAAAGAAGCAAGACAAAUCCUGAAGCUAAUAUGAAUAUUAGUCAGAUUAUUUCCUACUGGGGUUAUCCUUAUGAACAGUAUGAUGUUGUGACAACAGAUGGUUAUGUCCUUGGAAUUUACAGGAUUCCUCAUGGAAGAGGGUGUUCAAGAAAAACAGAUCCAAAGCCUGUUGUGUACUUGCAGCAUGGCUUGAUGACCUCUUCCAGUUGCUGGAUCUCCAACCUGCCCAACAACAGCUUGGCCUUCUUUCUGGCAGAUGCUGGUUAUGAUGUGUGGAUGGGAAACAGCCGGGGAAACACCUGGUCUAGAAAACACUUGAAAUUUUCACCUAAGUCACUAGAAUACUGGGCCUUUAGUCUGGAUGAGAUGGCUAAAUACGACCUUCCAGCCACAAUCAAUUUUAUCAUAGAGAAAACUGGACAGGAGCAACUCUACUAUGUGGGCCAUUCCCAGGGCACCACAAUUGCUUUCAUAGCAUUCUCUACAAAUCCAGAGCUGGCUGAAAGAAUUAAGCUAUUUUUUGCAUUAGCCCCAGUUGUUACAGUAAAAUACUCUUAUAGUCCUAUGAGAAAAUUAACCACUCUUUCCAGAAAAGUAAUCAAGGGAUUAUUUGGUGACAAGAUGUUCAGACCUCAUACAUUUUUUGACCAAUUCUUUGCUACCAAGUUCUGCAGCAAGAAGCUAUUUCAUCACAUGUGCAGCAACUUCCUAUUUAAUGUGGGUGGAUAUGAUGCAAACAACUUAAACAUGAGUCGCUUGGAUGUUUAUUGGGCACACAGCAGUGCAGGAACAUCUGUUCAAAAUAUGUUGCACUGGGCCCAGGCUGUUAACUCUGGUCAGUUCCAAGCUUUUGAUUGGGGAAAUCCUGAUCAGAACAUGAAGCACUUCCACCAGCUUACACCUCCCAUAUACAACGUCACUAAAAUGGAAGUUCCAAUAGCUGUGUGGAGUGGGCAACAGGAUCCAAUUGCUGAUCCCAAGGACAUUGAUAAUUUGCUCCCUAAACUUUCCAGGCUUAUUUAUUACAAGUUAAUCCCACACUACAAUCAUUUGGAUUUUUACCUUGGAAUGGAUGCACCCCAGGAAAUUUACCAAGACCUCAUUAGAUUAAUGGUGGAAUAUUUGUAA